AUGCAUAGAACGUUCACUCUCACUGUAAGACAACAACCCGAAAGAGCUAGACUAUGUUCCUACAAGGAAGAGAACGAGACUAUCGAUAGAAGGCCGGUGGAUCCGCCUCCCGUAGUAGAACUGUCAUCGAAUCAGAUACCUCUUGAUCAUCUACUUGAAUCCACAUCAUUCUUCAUCCGAGCCACCAUAGUCGCCGCUACACCCGUCAAAGUCCCAUUCCCAGAUCAUGGUCUCCCAUCGAUACUAGAACCAUACUAUCAAGCGAUCAAAACGCCCACUGGUGCAGAUGCGACCACCGGAGAAGUGAUACAAACACCUGAGAAAUUGAGAUUGUUGGAUGGUAAACCAGGAGCGAUAUGUAUCUUUGCAAAGUUAUCGGUCAGAGUACCGGGAAUCUUCAGGUUGAUGUUCACCCUGUACGAUACGACAGAGACCGGCGUGGUAGAAUUGUCGCGCACCGUAUCCGAGCCAUUUGAAGUUUUCUCACCCAAGUUGUUCAAGGGGAUGCACGAGUCUACACCUCUUACUAGACAUCUGGCGGCUCAAGGUGUCAAAGUGAAAUUGAGGACGGAUACCAGUGUAGGAAGACAAUCUACCAGUAGGAAACGUACACCUGCCAAUAACAACACAAGCAGUAGCAUGUCGAUAGACAGAACCCUUUCAGCAUCAACUACAACUACCAAACCCAGUAUAUCACAGUCAUCAUCCCCAUCUUCCAUCCGUCGUUCUCCACUUAGUAGAUCAAGAAGUAUCUCCCAGCAGCAUUCACCCAGGACCAGCGCUCUAACAUCGACGAGAUCGUUGGUAUGGAGGCAACCCAUGGACUUCUACGGUUAUUCAAACCAUUCGGAUGAUCAACAGCCUCAGACUGCUGUUCCUGGACCUGGACCUUCGACAUUGAGGAAAAGGAGAUUCGUAGAUGAUGGGCUGAUACCGUCUCUGAAGGAGAUCUCGUCCAAAUAUGAUUUUACGCCCACACCCCCAGCUACCGAUCUAGCAGCGUUCUCCUUAUCUCGGACGACGACUCAUGAAUCCCCAACUUAUCGACCAUCUUCGAGACCAUCUUCACCUCCGAAUAUCUUCAAUCCAUCACCUUCACCUUUUUCUAUUUCAACAUCAUCUCAUCGAUCCUCUGACGCGUCGAUGUAUAAUCCGAACAACCCCGCUUCAUCCACAUCUUCCGUCACAUCCAAUUAUAACUCCCCGUUAUCGAUGAACGGCAGAUCAGCUCAAUCAUCCGUAUCUUCAAUCGCACCUUCACCAUUUCCCCGUCUGAAUAUUGGUCCAGGAGAUGAUGGAAUUCCGAUUCUACCUCUACCAAGCAUGUUUCAAGCUCCCAGCCGGUCUCCCGCACCGUUCAUCCCGCCUAGUGUUAAUCAGAUACUAGAUCGUGAUGGAGAUGGAAGACAUCGAUCAUCCUCUUCUCCCAUCACACCCAUCACAGCUACUGCACAGACACCUAGCUUUAAUGGUAAUAUGUCUGGCAUAUCACCGCGUGCUCUUGCCUCAACGCCCUAUGGUCAGCCGUUAGACCAAGAUGGAGGUGGAGAUGGGCGGUCACCCUAUCAGAGGACCAUACAGCGGCCAUUGAAUUUACCGCCUAUAAGACCGGCGGAGAGGGAUGAUAUGUAUGUGGAUAGACGGUGA